CUACUUAUUACUCUAAUAGAAUGGAAACCCCCUGCAUGACUGCAUGGAUACGACAAUGACAUAUCUUUGGUUGCUGGAGUCCUAAAUCCUAAUUUAGACCCAGUAUUGAUUAUCGCUGUCUCAACAACUGACCAGCGACUACUGAGCACUGCGGUAGUUCAAAUCGGACAAUCAAAAAUGGACUUCGUGGGACGUAUCGAGAGAUUCUGUUCCGUCGGAGAAAAACUAUGGGACAUUAAUGUGACUUGGAACACCGCGACACCUGACUUCACGCCAUGUUUCCAGAGGACGGUGUUGUCUUGGACACCCAUUGCAUUCUUGGUGCUGUUUUCUCCCCUUCGCUAUUGGUACUUGGCAGACAGGGAACCAGCAAAAGACCAGAUUCGGACAAAACUUAGUGUAUCCAAAUACUCUCUGUAUCUAGUGCUGACUCUGCUGAGUAUGUAUGAGGCGUUAGAAACCGUGUAUAUUCAUACGUUGGAGGACGUGGUAUGGAGGGCCGAGUUUGUCACCCCACUACUCGUAACAACGUCAUUGAUAUUUGCCAUCCAGAUUUAUGAAUUUGAACGGAAACGACAAGUCAGGUCUUCUGGUUUUCUGGUGAUAUUCUGGUUUCUCGUUACAAUUAACCAAGCUCUGAUCAUCCAGUCCAAUAUCAGGAAAAGAAUGUCUAAGGGAAUACUGCAACUGGAUAACACCAUUGUCUUCCUGGGAACCAAGUUUGUCCUAUCCGCAAUCCAAUUUCUGCUGGUAGCUUGUUUUGUAGAACAAUUGUCUCUAGAAGAUAAACCUAGUCGGUUUCCAAAUGCAAACGAUCAUACGUUCCUGUCACAGCUUUCUUUUCUUUGGGUCACAAGACUUCUAAAGAGAGGGUUCAGCAGACCUCUUACAGUGGACGACAUGGUGGAACUUCCUGCAGAACUAGCAUCAGACAAAAUCAUGAAGAAAUUCGAAACAUGUUGGAGAACUGAGGCAGAAAUUCUGGAAAAGAAGAGUUUUCCAAAAGACAAGAACCAGAAGAAAAAAGAAGUUAGUCUGAUAAAAGUUCUCUUCCGGGCUAACCUGUCGCAGCUGCUCCUCUUUACGGUUCUACGGACUUCGUCUCACUUUAUGACAUUUAUAGGACCACUAAUGUUCAGUUCCAUGAUGAACUUUGCCGAGGACAAGAAUGACUUUUUGUGGCAUGCCAUUCUCUUUGCCUCUGUUAAUUUCACAGUUAUAUGCUUGGAGUCUAUGAUGAUGAAUUUCAUCGAUACGAAUAACUAUAUAUUCAAACUUAAAAUGCAGUCCUCUUUGAUGGGUGCGCUAUACAGAAAGAUGGCCAAACUUUCAAACGAGUCCAAAAAGUCUUCCACAGUUGGUGAAAUGGUGAACCUGAUGUCGAAGGACGCUAAUCGGGUCAUAGUCUUCCAGAUACAGUUCCUAUUUUUCGGUCCCCUGGUGAUUCUCACAGCUAUGUAUCUACUGUACCAGGAGAUGGGGAUGUCAACAUUUGUUGGAUUCAGUUUUCUGCUUGUCUUAAUUCCUGCUAAUGCUUACAUUGCCAAAACACACAAGGAGAUUGAUAAAAAAGUAACUGAUUUCACAGAUAAAAGAAUGAAAAUAAUGAAUGAAGUUUUCAAUGGAAUGAAGGUGCUGAAACUAUAUGCCUGGGAAACAUCAUUUGAGGAAAAAAUCGCUUCGAUUCGCAGAGGGGAGUUGUCGGAAAAGAAAACAAAGCACAUCAUAGAUGCAAUAUCUCAUUUGAUGCACACUGUUUCGGAUUACUUGAUAACUUUUGUUAUAUUUGCGUUUUAUUUGUGGAUUUCUGACGAGCAUGUUCUAAAUACCAGGAAGAUUUUCUACACGAUGUCUGUAUUUGAUACACUGCGCAGAUUCACGCUUCAUUUACCAACCGUUAUCACAAACACUAUGGAGUUCUCGGUUGCUCUGGGAAGACUGCAGACGUUUUUGAACCUGGAAGAACUGGAUGAAACAGCAAUCGAGAGGGAUCCUAACGCAGACUAUCCUGUUGAUAUUACGAAUGCCAGUUUCUCUUGGAACAGAGAUAAAAAGAUAGAGUUAAGCCAAAUUUCUCUAAAGGUGGCAGAUGGAGAAUUAAUCGCCAUCGUUGGAUCUGUUGCAGCAGGGAAAUCUUCUCUUUUGACAGCCAUUGUGGGGGAAAUGGAGAAAGUAUCUGGUUCCGUUAAAGUCAAGGGAACUACUGCAUACGUCACACAACAGGCGUGGAUACAGAAUGUUACAGUGAAGGAGAACAUUUUGUUUGGGAGAGAAUUUCGCGAUAAAUUCUACAACAAAGUAUUGGAUGCAUGUGCAUUGAGGGCGGAUCUUGAAAUUCUCGUGGAUGGAGAUGAAACUGAAAUAGGCGAGAAGGGAAUUAAUCUGAGUGGUGGACAGAAACAGCGCGUGAGUCUCGCACGUGCAGUGUACCAGGAUACCGAUAUUUACCUCCUAGAUGAUCCUCUGAGUGCCGUGGAUGCUCAUGUAGGGAGACACAUAUUUGAAAAUGUCAUAGGUCCAAAGGGUCUUCUCAGAAAAAAGACGAGGAUAUUGGUAACACACGCCAUUAGUUUCCUACCAUAUGUCGAUAAAAUCAUUUCACUUGAAAAUGGAAGAAUAUCAGAAACAGGAACUUACGACGAGUUAAUGGAGAAAAGGGGACCGUUUUCUGAUUUCGUCAAAAAACACAUGUUGGAAGAUCCCAAAAUGGAAAGCAGGACAGCAGCCUUAGAGAAAAAUAACCGAGUCGCUUUGAAACGUCAACGCUCACAAGUGUUAUCUCGACAAUUUUCUCGUCAAAUCUCGCUUGAGCAAGGAGUGGAAACGGAACACGAGAUAAAAUGCCAAAGCACAAAAUUCAUUAAGGAGGAGCUUGUAGAGACGGGACAGGUAAAAUGGUCCAGCUACAAGACGUACUUGAAAGCAGCUGGACCAUUGCUAAUUCUGCUGAUGACCUUGGCGAUUUUGGAGAACAUCUUGGACCAUGCUACAAAGUUCUGGUUGAGUGAUUGGGGUAGUGAUAGUGCAGCGAAUGAUGUAGAAGUGGCCACCCUACACAAUGCAACCCAGAUUCAUGAACAAGAGCAACAUCGAUUAAAGAUAUAUGGCUUCUUGGGUGUGAUUAGAACCCUCCUUUAUACUUGUGAGCAAAUGACAGCAGCUUUGAUAGCCAUUACUUGCUCCAAAAAGAUGCACGAAAUGGCGCUAGCCAGUACGUUGAGAGCGCCAUUAUCCUUUGUAGAAAACAAUCCUAUCGGUAGAAUCGUCAACAGAUUUUCAGCGGACAUGGAUGCGGUAGAUGGACCUUUACCUUGGGCUACUAAGUCAUUCUUCGAUUUGAUUCCGUUCCUGAUCGGCGUGAUUAUUACAAUCUGCGUUGGACUUCCUGUUUUUCUGUACUGUGUUAUACCGUUGUCUAUAAUAUGCUUCGUAGUUCAAAGAGUGUUCACCGCAUCUGCCACACAAACACGACGAAUUCACUCUGCACUAAGUUCCCCCCAGUAUGCUCACUACAGUGAAUCAAUAAACGGGGUCACCACCAUCCGCGCCUUCGACAAACUUGAAAUGUUUACCAACGAGUCCGACAGAAGAAGGGACGUCAACCACAGAGCUGAUUUAACUGCUCAAAUUUGUCACAGAUGGAUGGGUAUAUCUCUACGUUUGUUAGCAGCCACGAUGUUAUUCUGGGCCUAUGUUCUAGCUGCCCUCUAUAGGGACCACCUCUCUUUAGGAAUGAUUGCCAUCAUGAUCAAUUAUACCGACAUGUUCACAGGCUCACUCUUAUUUCUUGUGUGGAUAUUAACGGAACUGGAUACAAAAAUCGUAUCUGUCGAAAGAAUCGAAGAAUAUAUAUCCCUUGAACCGGAAGCAGAAUGGCGUAAAAAAGAAAGUGAGCCAGAUGCUAAAUGGCCACAAUAUGGUGAAGUCGUCAUAAAAGAUUUUGGCCUGCGAUACAGAGAGGACUUGGCUCUUACAUUGAAGGGAAUCAGCUGCAACAUUAAAGCAGGAGAAAGGAUAGGAAUUGUUGGCCGAACAGGUGCUGGGAAAUCUUCUCUAACAUUAGGAUUAUUCCGGAUCAUCGAAAAGGCGCAAGGAACUAUACACAUCGAUGGGAUAGAUAUAUCAUCAAUUGGACUUCACGACCUGCGUUCAAAACUCACCAUUAUACCUCAGGAUCCUGUACUAUUUUCUGGUUCUAUUCGAAUGAAUCUGGACCCGUUUGACAUAUAUACUGAUGAUGAUCUAUGGGAGGUAUUGGAGCAUGCGCAUUUACGAAAGUUUGUAGAAUCCUUAGAAGAGGGUCUUCAGUAUGAAUGCACUGAAGGUGGAGACAAUCUUAGUGUAGGUCAAAGGCAGCUAGUGUGUCUGGCCCGGGCCUUGUUAAAGAAAACUAAGGUCCUCAUACUGGAUGAAGCCACAGCGGCGGUAGACCUGGAAACAGACAACCUAAUCCAACAAACAAUUCGACGAGAAUUUUCAGAUUGUACAAUACUGACGAUUGCUCACAGACUUAAUACUAUCAUGGAUUACUCCAGGAUAAUGGUGUUGAGAGAUGGUCAGAUAUUAGAAAUGGACAGUCCUAAAGCUCUAUUAAAGAAUGAAAAUAGUUCUUUCUAUAACAUGGCCAAGAAAGCAAAUCUUGUCUAGUGAAACUUUUCCAAUAUAGUCCAUUAUAUUCAGGAAGUAGGUGUUUUUAUUUCUCCAAACUGUGUGCAAAGCAGAAAUCAUUUUAGCAAACAUUGUUAUAUUCUUAAAUAUGUGUUUAGUUGAACAAAAUCAUAUUGUGUGUUGUGUUUAUUUGUGAGAAAUGUAUUCCAAGUUUACUUGUAAGUGAUGUAGUAAUAAAAUGUUAAAUUUUA